CCUUUCCUUGUCAUAGCAUUGCUAUUCAAUUUCCCAGGCUAGGCCCAGCUCAGCAACUCUACACACAGUACACAGUGCUCAGCUAAUAGUCGUCCUUGCAGUGAGUGUUCUAGCUGUCUUUCCUCCCUCCAGUGUGUGUGCACGGCCAUCAGUAGCUCAGUGACUCUAACAAACAAAGCUCCACCCAAUCUAACAAGUCAGAGAUGCCCAGAAAACGGACUAUGACGUCAGAUCUGCUGACAAAGCAACAAGGGGAGGUUAUAAAGGUGGGGUUCCUAAAGAAGAAAGGGCAUGUACGGAGGAACUGGCUGGACAGGUGGUUUGUCCUCACCACAGAGGGCAUGUACUACUACAAGAACAGACUGGAUGAGAAACCUGUUGGUGUUGUACCUCUCUUUGGAAGCACAGCUAAAGAAGACACACUACAGAAACAUCAACAUGUAUUUACUUGUUGGACAGCAGAAGGGAAGGACUAUCCGGUGCAGGCCAGCACUAGGGACGAGAUGAUGGUUUGGUUGAAAGCUAUUAGCGAUGCAGUGACUGAGAGAGAGAAGAGGCCGUCUGAUGCAACAGGGGAAGCCUCAAAAAACCCUGCAGCCAAGGGAGGUGCUCAGGACACACCUAAGAAGAAUGGAGCCUCAGCAGGAGCAGCUAAACCAGACUCUGAUGAAUCAUCAGACGAAGAUUAGGCCACUCUGAAUUGUCGGAAAGGGAUAUUAUAGCUUUGCCUUGUUUUUUGUUUUUUAAAGAAAAUUUCAUAGGUCACGCAUACAUACACUUCCACACCCGUACACCAUCAUUAUAUUGUGUACUGUUUACUGUGUAAACACUUUACUUGUCAUAAACUGCUCAAAAACUGAAUCAAACUCAGCUUUACUA